AUGACCCGAAUUCUGGCUCCACUGGCGUGUCUCGUUGCUACGGGAAACGCCACCACACCUGUCCUUGAAAGAGCCAACGGCCUAUCGGCACAGUCUGUCACUACAAACUGCAAACAAGCUUGCUCUCAGCUUUCCUCGACUUUCGGAUCCGCCUUUCACUGGCCCCAAAAUGACAACUUCACGAUCUGGGACGCGAAGCAGCAAGAAGUUCACCCAGCUUGUCGAGUUGAACCCUCCUCGGCCAACGACGUUGCCGAAAUUCUCGAUAUUCUCGUGUCUCACUGGUGCUAUUUUUCAGUGAAAGGAGGGGGUCACUCCAGGAACCCAGGAGAUUCAAACUCAGUUGGCGGAGUGACCGUGGAUCUCAACCGUCUGAGCGGCAUUGAGAUCCUUCAAGGGAACAAACAGGCGCGUGUAGGUGGUGGCGCGACCAGCAUUCAGGUUUACCAGGCGCUGGAAACUCGAAAUUUAUCUUUCGUUGGCGGCCGAGUCGGCAGUGUCGGUAUGGGUGGUUUUACCCUCGGCGGAGGAACGUCACCUUUCUCGAACAAGUACGGGUGGUCAUUAGACAAUGUUUACGAGUAUGAGGUUGUUCUCUCGAACGGAACGAUCACGACCGCUUCGGAAUCACACAACCCUGACCUCUACUUUGCACUUCGUGGCGGCGGAAAUAACUUCGGAAUUGUCACGGCCUUUACUGUUCGAACUUUCCCCCAAGGCCCUGUCUUUACCAGCAUGACAACCUAUAGUGCGAAUCAGUCAAACCAAGUUCUCGACAAGGUCUACGACCUAUACACAAACAUAAACCUCACCAGCGACAAGGAAAUGGGGUACGAUCUUUACUAUUCAUACAGUUCUGAAAGUGACCAGUUCACGCUGAGUGGCACCCAGCGAUACGGGAAACCGGUCCGAAAUCCACCUGUCUUUGCGGCCAUAAAUCAGAUUCCUACGCUGAGCAUAAGCACGAACAUUGGUCCUAUGAGCCAAGCUGUCGACGGGACGGAUUCAAUGGGCACUACACGACACCUUUUUGCUACCCUAAGUGUGGCUCCAUCGCGCUCAUUGUUGUCGGAAGGCCUCAAGAUCUUCCAAGAGGAAGUGGAAGCAAUCAAGAAGGUCCCCGGCCUAGAUCCCAACUUCAUUUCCUAUCCGCUGCAGAGGAACGCCAUCAAGGCUAUGAAACAGCGAGGUGGAAAUGCAUUGGGAAUCGACCGAGACGAACCUCUCUUCUUGAUUCUUAUCUCUACAGCAUGGUCAAACAGUACUAACGAUGCUGAUGUUAACCGGAUGACGGCAAAUACCAUUGACAGACUCAAUUCCACGGCUAAUAACUUGGGUGUUGCAAACCGGUAUAAAUACAUCAACUACGCCUCGGCCGCGCAGGCUAACACGGUGUUUUCUGGCUAUGGCGAAAACUUGCAGAGGCUGCAAAAGAUCCAGAAGGCGGUUGAUCCACGGGGAAUAUUCACAUCCAAAGGCUUGUGGCGUGGAUUUGCCAAAUUACUCUAA